GCCGGAAAACCUGUGUGCCCCAUGUCAUGACGUCAGCAGCUUGACAGCUUGGUCAAACACUUGUUCUGUUCAAUAUUUGUUCCUCUGUAUUAACCGAGCGUAUUAACAUUAUGAGCUGAGAGUGCUUUUGUCAUUUUCUGUGUAUAAACCUGAUACCACAUGCUACGCCAUGUCUUUCUUCGUAGAUUCAGUGAUUAUGUUUACUUCUCAGGUGCUGUUUUUUGGGUUCGGGUGGCUGUUUUUCAUGCGGCAGUUGUUUAAAGAUUAUGAGGUUCGACAGUAUGUUGUGCAGGUGGUGUUCUCUAUCACAUUUGCCUUUUCUUGCACUAUGUUUGAGCUCAUUAUCUUUGAGAUCCUAGGAGUAUUAAGCAGCACGUCCAGAUAUUUCCAUUGGAAGCUGAAUUUGUAUGUAAUAUUACUAGUUCUAAUAUUUGUGGUGCCUUUCUACAUUGGCUACUUUGUGGUCAGUAAUAUACGUUUAUUGCAUAGACAAAGGUUACUUUUUUCAUGUGUGGUCUGGUUCACAUUCAUGUAUUUCUUCUGGAAACUGGGCGAUCCUUUCCCUAUUCUUAGUCCAAAACAUGGCAUUCUGUCCAUAGAGCAGCUGAUCAGUCGUGUGGGGGUCAUUGGGGUCACACUGAUGGCUCUUCUGUCUGGCUUUGGUGCUGUAAACUGUCCUUAUACAUACAUGUCUUAUUUCUUAAGAAAUGUGACGGAUAGUGAUAUCCUGGCUCUGGAGAGAAGACUGCUUCAGACUAUGGACAUGAUUGUCAGUAAAAAGAAAAGGAUUGCCAUGGUAAGAAGGCAGAUGUACCAGCGUGGAGAGGAGCAGAAUAAACAGACAGGAUUUUGGGGAAUGAUAAAGAGUGUGACCUCCUCAACUUCAGGCAGUGAGAAUCUUUCCCUGAUUCAGCAGGAAGUGGAUGCUCUGGAGGAACUCAGUAGGCAGCUUUUCCUAGAGACCGUGGACCUGCAGGCCACCAAGGAACGGAUAGAAUACUCAAAAACAUUUCAAGGGAAAUACUUCAACUUCUUAGGGUAUUUCUUCUCCAUCUACUGUGUGUGGAAAAUAUUCAUGGCCACGAUAAACAUAGUGUUUGACCGUGUCGGGAAGACUGACCCAGUGACAAGAGGAAUCGAGAUCACAGUCAACUAUCUCGGAAUUCAGUUUGAUGUCAAGUUCUGGUCUCAGCACAUUUCCUUUAUCCUGGUGGGAAUCAUCAUAGUCACGUCCAUACGAGGCCUUUUAAUCACACUCACCAAGUUUUUCUAUGCCAUCUCCAGCAGCAAGUCCUCCAAUGUCAUUGUGCUCGUCUUGGCUCAGAUCAUGGGAAUGUAUUUUGUGUCGUCGGUGCUCCUGAUGCGGAUGAGCAUGCCUCUAGAGUACCGCACUAUAGUGACUGAGGUACUGGGAGAACUACAGUUUAACUUCUACCACCGCUGGUUUGACGUGAUCUUCCUGGUCAGUGCUCUCUCUAGCAUCCUCUUCCUCUACCUGGCCCAUAAACAGGCACCUGAGAAGCACAUGACCCUGUGACCUUACAAGUGACCUCAUCAGAGAGAGAGAGAGAGAUGCACAGCACUGAAGCGUGCCUUUUUUGUCUCUCCUUUUAGAAGGACGUUCAUGCCACUAUCCUGUAAUAAACAUUAUUGGGUCUGUAUUUCCUGAAUCAGGAGAGUCCCAAAGACGGUGUUUAUUUGACUUUGGGUUCAAAGACAGUGAUGCUGGUUCACUGUAUCAUUUGAAUAGACUUAUUAUUGGAGGGAACAAAAUCAUAUACAAUAUAGGUGUCAUUUUUUUUAUAAAGAGCAUAUAAUUUCCCAUACCAGGUGUUAUUGUGUUUUCCACGGUAGAAGAACAAACUAACCCCUCUUACUAGUUUGUUUAGCACAAAAUCAGACUUGAGCCAUCUUUUAUCAUUAAUAGACAACACAUACUGUAUAUCUCAGCUACACCCAGAGAUGUUACAGUGGACUGUUGGACUCUUGUUUUUCUUACAGGCCUGUUAAUCGUUACUAUCAAUCCAUGUCUUGUCCAGGGACAUUAUGAACUGUAGUGAUUCACAUGUUGAUACCGUAUCGAGUAAAUGAGAGUCAUAAUCUGAAAUCAUGCCGAAAUACAUGACUUAGUUUAGGCUAUUGUGUUAUUCCUUUGUGUUAAAUGGACGGGUGCUUUUGAUUUACUAAAAAUGCUGUUUCAGAGAUGUAACUGUCUGGGGUUUAUGCUGAAAUGAAGUCAGCUCAGAAUUCAAUUAAAAGGCUUUUUUAAGCCCCCCCCCCA